CCUGCCCCAAAUAUUGCGCCACAAAAUUAGCUAGCUGGCUUUUCAAUAUUUAUUCAUCAUCAGAAAAAAUAUUGUGAAAAAUACAAGAUGAAGUGUCUGUCUUUUGUAGUGAUAGCGGUGGCCAUGGUGGCGGUGGCGCUUCUAAGCGAAGCUCCGGUGGCUGAGGCUGCUACAUGCAGCCCGACGGAGCUGAGCCCAUGUAUAGCGGCGAUUACGUCGUCGUCACCGCCGUCAAGCUUAUGCUGCAGCAAGCUGAGGCAACAGAAGUCAUGCCUCUGUGGCUACCUUAAGGAUCCUAAUCUCAAGCAGUAUGUUAACUCUCCUAAUGCCAGAAAAGUUGCAUCCACCUGUGGAGUUCCAUUCCCCAAUUGUUGAUUCUCAAUUUAUUAAUAUAUUCUGUGUUUGUUUGAUAAUAAAUAUGGUCAGCCGAUCUACAUAUAUAUAUAUAUAUACAAAGCAAAACCUAUGGUUUUCUUCAUGAUCGAGUGGUGCUGAGCUUUUAUAGCAUAUGAAUAUGAGAACUAAUGAAUAAAAACUUGGUGUAUUGCCAACUCUAUGUAUGUUCAUUUGGAACAUGGUGUAGCUCUUAAUUUGCUCUAAUAAGGGUAUGUAUCGCAGUUGAAGUUCAUGAUUUCUUGGUUGUAAUGUGAAAUUAUAAUUAUAAGACUGAAAAUAUAUAUACGUAUUCUGCUUAUAAUUAAUUAUUA